GCACGGCACCAGCAGCAGCCAGCAGCACGGCACCAGCCCCCCACCCCAGCAGCAGCGAGCAGCACGGCACCAGCCCCCCACCCCACCUCAUCAGCGCUCUGCGAGCAGCGGCAAUCCAAUCAGCCAAUCAACCCGCCUCCGCGCGAAAUGUCCAUCUCGAUGCGCCUCGCGAUCCCGGCGCCGGCGGCCGCGACCGUGGCGCCGCCGCGGCUGAGGGUGCGGCCGGCCGGCAACGGGGGCUCUCUUCCCGCCGCGCGCGUCGCCCUGCGGACGGAAACGGCCGCGCUCAGGGGAUGCGCAUCGCUGCCCCUGAAGCCGCAGCCGCUGGGCGCGGGCGCGGGCCAGCCGAGCCGGCGCCGGGGGGCGGCCGCAGUGUGCCACUCGUCGGCGCACCUGAGCGCGCGGACGAUGCAGUGGAUCUCCGCCGGGGCCAGCGCAGUGUUAUUGCUUGCUAAAGGAACAGCCAUAAACAAAUCUUUCCUUGUGCCAUUUUUCGCUUUGCAAGCACCUUGCAGCAUAAUCUCAUGGAUCAAGGGUGAUUAUGGCCAAUGGACUGCUUUUCUUGCUCUUUUGGUGCGCUUGUUCUUCUUCAUUCCAGGUGAACUUGAGCUUCCGCUGUCAACAAUGCUGCUUGUGAGCGUUGCUCCUUACCAACUAAUGAAUCUGAGGGGAACUCAAGGUGGUGCAGUUCUGUCAUUGGCCAUAGCCGGGUUUCUCGCUUUUCAACACUUCACCAGGGUGGGAGGUCUAGGCAAAGCCUUUGAGCAGGGAUCGGUCAUUGCGACCUUGGCCAUUAUCUGCAUCACAAUCAUCCCCUUGAUGCUUCUAUUCUGAUUGGAGUAGGUUGGCAAGAGUUUGCUCCUCAUUGUGCAUCCAAUGACGGAUAAAUAAAAACCUUGUGAUGCAACAUUCAGUCUUCCUAGUUCCUUUUCGCAAAUAAGACCGAUUUGUUUUAUACAGUCCGAAAUGUAUGUAGUAUGUACUGAUGUACCUUGGUGUGCGGUUUGGUAAUGUUAGUCCAAAAGAUUUUGAUUUUCUUCGGUGGCUAUUGAAUUCUCUGCUAGUC